AUGGGAAACGAUACACGUUUUAUUGAAGCUGAAGAUUUACCAUUUCGUUUAAUUGAUAUUCCAGUUGGUUCAGCUCCUCCACCACCUUCACCACCAGCUAUUCGAAAGUCUCAUAUAAUAAACAAACGUCACGCUCCACCAAUUCCAUCAUCACGUGUUAACGGAUAUGAUGCACCUCCAUCUCUUCUUCCUCCACCAGUUGUUCCAAAACGUUUUGAUCAACCAGUAAUUCGUAUACCUCCAAGAUCUGAUCUUGUUCAAUCACAUUCGAAUAAUAUUAUUACACAAUAUCCAUCAAACAAAAUAAGUUAUUAUCGAAAAAAAAUUCACAAACCAAAAUUAGCAUGUUGUGUUAUUUCUUAA